GAUGUGCUAGUCCAGAAGAAAGUUGAAAUUCAACAUAAAUUAUUGACAAUAAGAUGAAGUCAAAAUGGAAUUUCGGAAUGUUACUAGUAUUACUAUCAUUGCUAUCGCUGCUGGAAUCAGAAGAAAUAAAUGAAAAUCUUAUUCAAAGUCCAACAGUUUCUUGUGAAGAGUACCAAGUGAAUGCAUAUCGUCUCCCAAUAGCCAUUAAACCUACAUAUUACGAUCUGACUGUGCUAGUUAAUAAUGAUUUUUCUUUUGGUGGCCUUGUUAAGAUUAAUGCAACUGUUCAGGAAACAACGGACGAAAUUGUUUUACAUUAUGGAAAAAUGAACCUAACGUCUACUUUAAUUCUCAUUAAUAAUAAAAAAAUAGAUUUCAAAAGUUUCGACUAUGAUCCAGUCACUGAAAAAUAUACAAUGACACUCACAGAAAUCUUAGAAAAGGGUACCGAAAUUUUAAUUGUGGUUGAAUACGAUGGUGUCAUUCAGGACAGCCUUUAUGGAUUUUAUAAAAUGUCCUAUAUUAAUGAAAAAGGAGAAAGAAGAAAAAUUGCUGCAACACAGUUCCAAGCAGUUUAUGCCAGACAUGCUUUUCCUUGUUUUGAUGAACCUGCUUUCAAAGCAAUUUUUAAAAUACGGAUACAAAGACCAAAAGAAUACACAACAUUAAGCAACAUGCCUUUAAUUGGUACUGCAUCCAUAGGAUCUUUUGCGAACGACAUUUUUGAAGAAAGCGUAAAGAUGUCAACCUAUUUGGUCGCUUUUAUCAUAUCUGAACUAAAACCGUUAGGCAGUGGGAAUAUUAAAGUUUGGACAAGAGAAGAUGCUAUCAGUCAAGCAAAAUAUGCUCUUAGUAUUGCCGCUAAAAGUUUGGAAUUUUUGGAAUUCACAUUUGGACAAAAAUAUCAGAUCCAAAAAUUGGACAUGGUCGCUUUACCAAAAUCUCAUUUUGGUGGAAUGGAAAAUUGGGGCUUGAUCACUUAUAGAGAAUCAGCACUUUUGUAUGAUCAGGAGGAAUCAUCAGAUGUUAUUCAACAAUCUGUGGCUGUAAUUGUAUCUCACGAAUGCACACACAUGUGGUUUGGAAAUCUAGUCACGCCUGAUUGGUGGGGAUUCCUUUGGCUUAGUGAAGGUUUUGCCCAAUAUUAUCAAUUCAAAACAAUUUAUCAAAUCGAACCAACAUGGGGAAUGGACCAGCAAUUUGUGCUAAUACAGCAAAAUGCUUUUUUGAUCGAUUCGCUACCUUCUUCAGAACCACUUUCUAGAUUUGUUUAUAACCAAUCAGAUAUUGUUAAUAUGGCAGACGGCAUUUCUUAUGACAAAGGGGCCAGUAUACUUCGAAUGAUGGAAUUAUCAUUUGGAUCUGAUAUUUUCAAAUCUGUCCAGGAAUCGUAUUUGAAUGGAAGAAAAUACAGUACUGGAAAACCAGAGGAUUUAUUUUCAAGGAUCCAGAUUAAAAUUAAUUCGAGACUUGAUGCCUCUGUGGACGCUAUAAUGAACACUUGGACUAAAAAGUCUGGAUAUCCAGUACUUUCAGUAACUGUGAAUGGUGAUCAGAUCAAAUUGAGACAACAAAAAUUUUUCUUGAGAAAACUAAAUUUGGAUUCAUCAGUUGAACAAAAAUGGUGGAUUCCUAUUACCUGGGCUUCAAAAUCAAAUCCUGAUUUUUCUAUUACAACUACUGAUAAAUGGAUUAAUGGUGAUGAGGUUAUCAGAGUAAAAAGAAAUACAUCUGAUUGGAUAAUAUUUAAUAUCCAAGCAGCAGGUUUCUACCGUGUCAAUUACGAUACAGAUUCAUGGUUAAGAAUAAUCAGUACUUUAAAUAGUGCAAGUGUUAAAAAGAUUCAUGUGAUAAAUAGGGCAACUAUUAUUGAUGAUUUGCUUAAUCUUGCGAGAGCAAAUUUACUGGAUUAUAGUAUCGCUUUGGAAGGACUUCAGUACUUGAAAAAUGAAACAAGUUUUUUGCCAUUCAAGACAGCUUUCACCAAUCUUGAUUAUCUUAUCCGAAGAUUUUCUGGACAAGAAGGAUUUAGUGUCUUUUCCAAACAUGUUUUGAUGCUUAUAAAAAACAUACAUCAGCAAUUAGGUUUUGUUGAUAGACCCAGCGAUGAUAGACUGACAGUUUUAUUGCGUCGCGAAUUGAAUUCACUAUCUUGCAGCCUGGGACUUCAGGAUUGUAUUUCAAAAUCUUUGAAAUAUUUUAGUAAUUGGAAAAAUGGCGUCAACAGGCGGGUUCCAAAGAAUUUGAAGAGUGUCAUUUAUUCCACGGCAAUAAAAUAUGGUACUCAGGAUGAUUGGGAUUUUUUGUGGAAUCAAUAUCUGCACACGAGUGUAGUUUCGGAACAAGUCGAAAUUAUAAAUGCUUUAGCAUGUAGCCAGGAUCCGAAGAUAUUAGAACAAUAUCUUCGCUUUACCUCAAAUCAUUUUGAUGAACACAGAACCCAUAAACGUGAUCUCAGUGAUGUUUUUAAAUCUGUAUCAUCGUGCAGUUUAUUCGGAGCCAAUUUCGUUCUCGACUUUGUAGAUAAAUAUCAUAGAGAUAUAGUAACUUUAAAUAGAGGUGAUUAUGGACAAGUCUCAAGUAUUUUAUCGGAUGCGUCUCAGUUUUUAUCAACACAAAAUCUGAUUGAUAAAUUUAAACAGUUGAUACUAACACAUUAUAUUGAUUUCGAACGAAUCAUGCCUUCAUUACGCACAAAACUGGAAUUGGCGAAAUAUGAAAUGAGCUGGUACCAAAGGAAUUCACAUAAGAUUAUCAGCUGGAUAAGAACACGAUAACAUUAUAGCUUCUUCGUAUAAAUAUUUAUGAGCAUAAGACAUUCUAGUUUUAUUUUGGUUUGAAUAAUUUCUUCUACAAAACAGCAGUUUUAACAAAAUUCUAAAAAUUAUAG